UUUAGAUUGCGGUCUUUGGUAAAGCAAUUAGAGAGAGGGGAAGCUUCAGUUGUAGACCUAAAGAAGAAUUUGGAAUAUGCUGCAACUGUUCUUGAGUCAGUAUAUAUUGAUGAAACUAGGCGUUUACUGGACACAGAAGAUGAACUCAGUGACAUCCAGUCUGACUCUGUACCCUCAGAGGUCCGGGACUGGUUGGCUGCUACCUUCACACGGCAAAUGGGGAUGAUGCUGAAAAGGACAGAGGAAAAACCUCGGUUCAGGAGUAUUGUCCAUGCAGUGCAAGCUGGGAUAUUUGUGGAAAGAAUGUACAGAAGGACUUCAAAUAUGGUUGGCUUGAGCUACCCACCAGCUGUUAUUGGAGUGCUAAAGAAUGUAGACAAGUGGUCCUUUGACGUAUUUGCACUAAACGAUGCCAGUGGGGAUCAUGCACUAAAAUUCAUUUUCUAUGAACUUCUCACACGUUAUGAUCUGAUCAACCGUUUCAAGAUUCCCAUUUCUGCCCUGGUGUCUUUUGUGGAAGCUCUGGAGGUUGGCUACAGCAAACACAAAAAUCCCUAUCACAACCUAAUGCAUGCUGCAGAUGUGACACAGACAGUCCAUUACCUUCUUUUCAAGACAGGUGUAGUGCACUGGCUGACAGAGCUGGAAAUCUUCGCUAUGAUCUUUGCAGCCACCAUACAUGACUUUGAACACACUGGAACCACCAACAACUUUCACAUCCAGACACGGUCAGACUCAGCCAUUCUAUAUAAUGACCGAUCUGUGCUUGAAAAUCACCAUGUUAGUGCGGCGUAUCGUCUUUUGCAAGAAGAUGAAGAGAUGAAUAUUUUAUCUAAUCUCUCAAAGGAUGAUUGGAGGGAAUUCAGAGCUCUAGUGAUUGAGAUGGUGUUGGCCACCGAUAUGUCCUGUCACUUCCAGCAAAUCAAAGCUAUGAAGAAUGCUUUGCAGCAGCCAGAAGGAAUUGACAAACCGAAAGCCUUAUCGCUGUUAUUGCAUACAGCAGAUAUUAGUCAUCCAGCCAAGACCUGGGAUCUUCAUCAUCGCUGGACCAUGUCCCUGCUAGAGGAGUUCUUCAGACAGGGUGACAAAGAAGCAGAACUAGGGCUGCCCUUCUCUCCCUUGUGUGAUCGCAAAUCUACUAUGGUUGCUCAGUCUCAAAUAGGUUUCAUUGAUUUCAUUGUGGAACCCACUUUUACUGUACUGACUGACAUGACAGAGAAGAUUGUGACUCCACUCAUCGAUGAAGCUUCCCACUCUGGCAUGUCUGGGUUCAGGCGUUCCAGUCUGAAUAGCAUUAGUCCCUCUGAAGUUAAAAGAUCAAGUGUCAAGAGCACUGGGUCCGAAGGAAGUGCCUCACUCAACUGCUCCGUACUCACUGUGGACUUCAAAUGUUUUAAAACCACUUGGACUGAGGUCAUGCAGCAGAACAGGGAGAAAUGGAAAGCGCAAGCCACCAAAGAAGAAAAAGCUAAGAAAGAAGGAGAGGAAAAUGCUUGUCAGACAACAGAUUUAAAGGAAAGAGAUGAAAGGGAUGAGAAGAAGCCCACUGAAGAAGCCACAGCAGCAAAGACAGAGAACAGUAAAGAACCAAAUCCUGGGGAAAGUAAAAGUGUGGAUUCCAGCAAGAAUGCUGUAAAUGGGACUCAGCAAACUGGAAUGAACAAACACGAAGCCUCUCAAGGGAAAAAUGCAUGUAGAACAGAUAAGGCAAUGAACUUCCAUCACACAGUGGGAGGAGAGAAACAGUGUGUCCAGAAUGGUGAAUUAAAGGAAGACAAUAAGUUAGACAAAAAAGAUAAGUCCAGUGUGGGAGAUGAAUCAAAGAAAACAGAUG